AAGAGCCGGAAGCGCAGCAGUCCGCCGCUCUGCCGCUCCAAGGGGCGGACGCACUCUUCUUCAAGGCUUUUCCUGCGGAGAUUUUGGAAAUGAGUCGCUCUGCUCAGGGAGAAGCCGCAGAUACCUUCAACACAUCUACAGAGCAACGUUUUUUCACGUGCUGAGGUUGUUUCACGCCAUUCUUUCGACUUGUGUUUAUUUGUCGAGGAUGGAAAACUGAUGGCCUUUCUCGCGUUGGAGACUAGGUCCAUCGAGAAACGGAUUUCUGAGGAGAAUGCCAGGAAGCCCAAGGGAGAGAAGAAAAAGCGUGAUGAUGAGAAUAAGCUCAAGCCAAGUAGUGAUCUGGAGGUGGGCAAGUCCCUCCCUCUUGUCUAUGGGGACAUUCCUAACGCCAUGGUGUCGACACCGCUGGAGGACCUGGACCCCUACUACUAUAAUCAGAAAAACCUGGAGUACAUAUUCACUGCAAUAUAUACAUUUGAAUCUCUAGUUAAGAUUUUAGCUCGGGGAUUCUGUAUAGGAAAGUUCACAUUUCUAAGAGAUCCCUGGAACUGGCUGGAUUUCUGUGUCAUUAUCAUGGCGUAUAUGACUGAAUUUUUUCCAAUUGGAAAACUGUCAGCUCUGCGCAUAUUCAGAGUUUUAAGAGCGUUCAAAGCCAUUUCCGUUAUCCCAGGCCUCAAGACCAUUGUUGGUGCACUUUUUCAGUCAGUGAAGAAGCUUGCAGAUGUGAUGAUCCUCACUGUUUUCUGCUUGAGCGUCUUUGCACUUGUGGGAUUACAGCUGUUUAUGGGCCAUUUACAGAAUAAGUGCAUAUGGAUGCCAAAAAAUGACACAGCCAAUUAUACAUCUGACAAAAUGGCCUAUACGAAUGGAACAGACCAACAGAUCAGCCAGGCAAGCCAAUUCAAUUGGACUGAAUAUGCACUGAACAAGGAAAAUCAUUAUUACCUCCCAGACAAACGAGAUCCACUGCUUUGUGGCAACAGCAGUGCAGCUGGGCAGUGUCCGGAAGGAUAUUCGUGCAUCAGAAUAGGAAAAAACCCAGACUAUGGUUACACUAGCUUUGACUCCUUUGGAUGGGCCUUCCUUUCCCUCUUUAGACUGAUGACACAGGACUAUUGGGAAAAUCUUUACCAGCAGACUCUGAGAGCAUCUGGGAAGCCCUACAUGGUCUUUUUUGUCUUGGUGAUCUUCCUUGGUUCCUUCUAUUUGAUCAAUCUAAUCUUAGCUGUAGUUGCUAUGGCCUAUGAGGAACAGAGCAAGGCCAGCAUGCAGGAAGCUAAGGAAAAGGAGGAGGAAUUCCAGGCCGCACUAGAGCAGCUCAAACGACAGCAAGAGGACGCUCAGGUGAUAGCCAGUGCAGCUGCGACAGAGAGUGGAGAGGUGGGGGACAAAUGUGGGGGUACUGAAAGUUCCUCUGACGCUUCGAAACUUAGCUCGAAAAGUGCCAAAGAGAGACGCAACAGGAGAAGAAAAAGAAAGGAGGAGGAGGGGAAGGGAUCUGGAAAGAUGCCUAAAUCCGUUUCUAUGGACAGUGUAAAGAAGGGUCGCUUCCGCUUCUCCGUGGAUGGAAAUCCGCUCAACUAUGACAUGAAAUGCUCGUCCACCCAUCAGGUGCAACGAAACAGCAAGACCAGCCUUUUCAGUGUCCAAAGCCAAACCCCGGAUGUGGGCUCAGAAAAUGAGUUUGCAGAUGAUGAAAACAGCAUUUUUGAGGACAGCCUGAGUCAGAGGGGAUCCCUCUUCCAUCCCCAGAGGUGCGAUCGAAGGAGCAGCAGUAUGAGCCAGUGCAGUUUCUUGCCACAUUUCCUAAUUCAACACAAUGGGAUAAGGCACAGCUCUGUAGACUUCAAUGGGGUUGUGUCUCUGGUGGAUGGGAAUUCACUAAUAUCAUCACCCCCUGUGGGGCUCCGUCUGCCCAAAGUGAUGGUAGAUAUGGCCUCCACCGGGGACAAUGGGGACACCACUGACAUGGAAUUCAGACAGUCCACUGGAGGACCAGGUGGCGAGUUCAUGGAUUUCCUCGAUUCCCCAGAGUUUAGACAGAGAGCACAAAGUAUAGCUAGUGUCAUAACCACCAUGGAAGAGCUUGAGGACUCAAGACAGAAGUGUCCUCCUUGUUGGUACAAUUUUGCUCACACAUUCCUCAUCUGGGAGUGUUGUCCAAAAUGGCUGAAAAUCAAGAAUGCAGUUAAAGUGAUUGUGAUGGACCCAUUCACUGACCUAACCAUCACCAUCUGCAUUGUUCUCAACACGUUAUUUAUGUCUAUGGAACACUACCCUAUACAUCCUGGGUUCUCCAGAAUGCUAACUGUGGGCAAUCUGGUGUUCACUGGGAUCUUUACAACUGAAAUGGUUCUCAAGAUCAUUGCUUUGGACCCAUACUAUUAUUUUCAACAAGGAUGGAAUAUUUUUGACGGAAUCAUUGUCAGUUUAAGCUUGCUGGAGCUUUGUCUGGCCAAUUUGUCUGGAAUGUCUGUUUUGAGAUCAUUCAGAUUGCUGAGAGUGUUCAAGUUGGCAAAAUCUUGGCCCACUCUGAAUACACUCAUCAAAAUAAUUGGUAAUUCAGUGGGAGCAUUGGGCAACCUGACCCUGGUGUUGGCCAUUAUUGUCUUCAUCUUUGCUGUGGUGGGGAUGCAGUUGUUUGGAAAAAGCUACAAGGACUGCGUGUGUAAAAUCUCUGACGACUGCUUUCUGCCUCGCUGGCACAUGAGUGACUUCUUCCAUUCAUUCCUCAUUGUGUUCCGAGUGCUUUGUGGAGAAUGGAUAGAGACCAUGUGGGACUGUAUGGAAGUGGCUGGGACUACCAAGUGUCUCAUUCUCUACAUGAUGGUCAUGGUCAUUGGAAACCUUGUGGUACUGAACCUGUUCCUGGCCCUGCUGCUGAGUUCAUUUAGUGCCGACAGUCUGGCAGGGGUGGACGACGACAGCGAGAUGAACAAUUUACAGAUUGCAAUUGCACGGAUUCAGAGAGGCAUUACCAUCACCAAAUCACUGAUUCGGAGUGGCUGCAGAAGUUUAUGUCACAGGGAUGAAAAAAAAAGGACGAUUGAAGACAGGCCUCUGGAUGAGCUCCACAAAACGUUUGGGCUAAACGGGGUCCAGGACCAUGCUGUCAAAGAAUUUCAUAAGAAUGGGAAUGGGGAUGUGAUUGGAGUGGACAAGAGUGGAGACAAGUACAUAGUCUGGAGCAAUAGUGAUGACUCAAUUAUGUCUUUCAUCAAUAACCCCAGUCUGACUGUUACAGUACCCAUUGCUGUGGGGGAGUCUGACUUUGAAAUGCUCAACACUGAAGACUUCAGCAGUCUCUCAUCUGAAAUACCUCCAUUCCAUGUGGCCAUUAAUGACAAUGAUGAUGAGGAUGAUGAUGAUGACCAGUUCAGCUCCUCUGAGGGUAGCACAGUGGAUGGUCUGCCUGCUGGAGAGAGAGCAGAGUCUUUAGAUUUUGAUUUACAGGAAGCUAUGGAACCUGACGCCUGCUUUCCUCCAGGCUGUGUGCAAAACAUCAAGUGUUGCCAAGUAAAUGUGGAUGUGGGUUGGUGGAAGGUAUGGUGGACACUGAGAAAAACCUGUUUCCGGAUCGUGGAGCACAACUGGUUUGAGAGCUUCAUUAUCUUCAUGAUAUUGCUCAGCAGUGGAGCACUUGCAUUUGAAGACAUCUACAUAGAGCAAAGGAAGACAAUCAAAACCAUCUUGGAAUUUGCAGAUAAAAUCUUCACCUACAUUUUCAUUCUAGAAAUGUUGCUUAAAUGGGUGGCGUAUGGAUUUGCCAAAUAUUUCACGAAUGCAUGGUGCUGGUUGGACUUCCUCAUUGUUGACGUUUCACUGGUCAGUUUGGUGGCAAAUGCUUUAGGAGUUGCAGAACUGGGUGCGAUCAAGUCUCUGAGAACCCUGCGAGCUCUGAGGCCCCUGAGAGCCCUGUCAAGAUUUGAAGGAAUGAGGGUGGUUGUCAAUGCCCUACUGGGAGCCAUUCCAUCCAUCUUCAAUGUGCUCCUAGUCUGUCUCAUCUUCUGGCUGAUCUUCAGCAUCAUGGGAGUCAACUUGUUUGCGGGAAAAUUCUACAGUUGUGUGAACAAAACCACGGAUAAGCCUUUGCCUCGAAUACUAGUGAAAAACAGGAAUGACUGCAUGCUAUAUAACGAGACUGCUCGUUGGAAAAACAUUAAAGUCAACUUUGACAAUGUUGGCAUGGGGUACCUUGCACUGUUGCAAGUGGCUACAUUUAAAGGCUGGAUGGACAUCAUGUAUGCUGCCGUGGACUCUCCCGGCAAGCCAGAAGAGCAGCCAGAAUAUGAAAUCAACAUAUAUAUGUACUUAUAUUUUGUUGUUUUCAUAAUAUUUGGAGCCUUUUUCACUCUGAAUCUCUUCAUUGGUGUCAUCAUAGACAAUUUCAACCAGCAGAAAAAAAAGUUUGGAGGCCAGGACAUCUUCAUGACUGAAGACCAGAAAAAAUAUUACAAUGCCAUGAAAAAGCUUGGGUCAAAGAAACCACAAAAACCUAUUCCUAGGCCCUCUAACAAGAUUCAUGGAUACAUUUUUGACUUCACCACCCAGCAAGCAUUUGAAAUUGUGAUUAUGAUUUUAAUAUGGCUGAAUAUGGUAGCUAUGAUGGUAGAAAGUGCUGACCAGUCCGAUGAAAAGACCGAAGUUCUCCAAAAAAUCAAUGUUGUGUUCAUUGUCAUCUUUGCUGGAGAAUGUUUGUUGAAGAUGAUCUCUCUGCGCCAGUACUAUUUUAUAAAUGGCUGGAAUGUUUUUGACUUCAUCGUGGUCGUUUUGUCAAUCAUUGGUAUGUUUCUCGCAGAAGUUAUACAGAAGUACUUCGUCUCCCCAACCCUGUUCAGAGUCAUUCGAUUGGCUCGAAUAGGCCGCGUCCUCCGCCUUAUUAAAAGUGCCAAAGGAAUCCGCACACUCUUGUUCGCCUUGAUGAUGUCACUACCUGCUUUGUUCAACAUUGGUCUCCUGCUCUUCUUGGUGAUGUUUAUCUAUGCCAUCUUUGGCAUGUCCAAUUUUGCUUAUGUCAAGAAGGAAAAAGGUGUUGAUGACCUUUUCAAUUUUGAGACAUUUGGCAACAGCAUGAUCUGUUUGUUCCAAAUCACCACAUCAGCAGGGUGGGAUGGCCUCUUAGCUCCGAUGCUUAACAAACACAUAGAGGAUUGUGACCCCAGCGUGGAAAAUCCUGGCAGCUCUUUCAGAGGAAACUGUGGAAACCCUUCGGUGGGAAUUGCUUUCUUUGUGAGUUACAUCAUCAUCUGCUUCCUCAUUGUGAUAAACAUGUACAUUGCAGUCAUCCUGGAAAACUUUGGUGUGGCCACUGAGGAGAGCUCUGACCCAUUGAGCGAGGAUGACUUUGAAAUGUUUUACGAGGUUUGGGAGAAGUUUGAUCCUCAUGCAACGCAAUUCUUGAGGUACAAUAUGCUUUCAGAUUUUGCAGAUGCUCUGUCACUGCCCUUACGCAUUCCCAAGCCUAACAAGAUCGAACUUAUCUCCAUGGACCUCCCGAUUGUGAGUGGGGACCGUAUACAUUGCAUGGAUAUCCUGUUUACCUUCACAAAACGUGUUCUUGGUGAGGGAGGAGAGAUGGACAUUCUUAGGGGACAAAUGGAGGAGCGCUUCAUGGCUUCCAAUCCCUCCAAAAUCUCAUAUGAGCCUAUCACCACAACAGUCCGUCGCAAGCAGGAGGAUAUCUCAGCUGCUGUCAUUCAGAGAGCGUAUAGAAGAUACAGAAAAAGUAUUAAGUCCCACGAUGCAUCCAUUGCUGGCAUGGAAAAGGAUGAAAAAGUCACUGACAAGGAAGAACUUGCCACAAAAGAACAUGAAGGUGGUUCUUGUGCAGAUAAAGCUGAGCAGGCGCCUUCGAUGGCAUCUCAGCCUUCAUCUGAUAGUGUGGCCAAUGAGAAAAACAAAUGCGAAAAGGACAAAAGUGAAAAGGAGGUUGCAACCAAAGAUGUCAUAUAGACGUGGGUGUCAUGUUAUUAUGUGCUCGAGGUGCAACAAAGACUUUAAUGACAAAAUGUUUACAAUUUCGAAAAUGUCUCCCUUCCUUGGUAUGGAUGUCCACUAUGCCUCAAGGACUGCUUACUUGAGGCUUGUUUCUAAAAGUAACUCAUUCAUGCUUAAUCAUAUGCUUAUGAAUGAUUUCGGGGGCAUCAAACCUGUUGACUGUUUGCGGAGACUGGCAACAUUAUUUGAAGUGUUUUGACGCACACAUUAGUUGAGCUUUCAUUUUUAAUUGCAGCUAGUUCUGCUUUCCAGUGUCUUGAAUUAAUAUUAUAUCACAGACUGUUCAAUUACAAGCUUCUGUUUUUCAAGCUGAAAGUGUUUUGUUACUGGAGAAUUCUUUGUUUGUCAGUUGACUUUUUAUAUUUUUUUUAUCUCUCAGUUGCUCCCUCAGGGGUAAUCUUUUCCAUGAAUGAAUUGCUUUAAGGUUGGUCAUGCUUGCUGACAGUGCUAAGAAUGUUGGCCAAAGCCAGGAGGUAAUGUCAGGGUUAGAGUUGGUUCAAAUGUAGACCUGCAUGAAAGUUUCUCCACGGUUAUGCAUGCCAAAGAGUGCUGUUUUCAUCACAUUCUCUCCCACAUUUUGUGAUACGUGUAGUCAUGACCUGCUCUUUCUACAAAACAAGAAGCCCAUCAUCUAAGUCAAAAACAUUUUGCACAUUGUUUCAUCAUCUCAGUGUCCUGUUUUCUACCAUCUGGCAUGGUUAUUUUUCAUUAUUUACUGAGUUUAUCAUGAAGCUGUUCCAAAAGCAAAGACCCCAAUGCCUUUUAAAGGUGAAAAAGAGAGAAAAAUGUGUUUGUUUUUUUUUACCCAAAAUUUGAAUUUAUGAUAGUUUGUCUUAUUAUGAAUCAUACCAUGUCACCUUGCUUUAGAGGAACAGAUGAUCUUUAACAUUGUUAUUUUCAGGGAAGCCGUGUAGAUUCAAGUUUUCAACUUUGCCAACAUACACAGCUUCUCCUCUUGCAUACCCUGUUUUUAAUCAUCUGAGUUUUUUCUUGUAGUGAUAUGCUUUCUCUAUUGAUUAUGUAAUCACUUGGUAUGACUAAAUACUUGUUGAUUCUCUGUUGAUUUUGUUGAAUGUGCAAUAUUGCCAGUUAUUUUUCUUAAAAACACUGAGCUCCACAUUAAAUUCCUCAAGGGGCUGACAAUUUUUAAUAUUUUUAAACUUUCUUGUUUUCAGAUUAAAUCUCAAUCUUUAUCGAGAUGAAUAUCGGAGAUGGAUGAAAGAUGGCUCAGAUGUUCUGAAUGAUCAUAAGGAAAUGGCCUUGGUCCUAUUUCCUGUAUCUGUUUACAUUUUAUAUUGUUGCUCCCCUGAAACAGCCAUCAUAAAUGUUAGGCUUGAUCUGUUGUCCUAAAUAAUAUAACUCAAGUGAUAAUUACAUCUUGCAUGUCAUGAAAAUGUCCCAAUAUGUAUGUUACACUUUAUGCACAGUGAGAGAAUGUUUUUAUGACAGAGUCAAACAUUUCCCUUUGUUUAUAUGCAUAAUACUUGUAGUAUAUAAACAAACUGCAUGCAAACAUUGCUAUUACUCACUUCUCAAAAAAGGUGAAAUAAUAAAUAAAGAUGAUAGUAUGCCCACAAAAUCUAUUCUUCAUUUGUUUGAUCGCAAAAAAAGAAAAUGGCAGAUCCUGUUUGAGUAUGCUUUUGGUUUGAGGUAAAUUGAAGUAGGUUAUACAUGA